GACAAAUAAUUGAAGUUGAUUGCUAUGUUUCUUUGCAUCCUGUCCAAAAGUUUUGUCAUGGCUGCUCUAGAAAAUCAACCUUUCACUCCGUGCCCAGUAAGGACAUGCUGACUAUUUGUACAACACAAGGUCGCUUUGACAUAAACAGUACAUCAUUCAAGUGUGUUUCUUGUUCAGCAUUCUUGAUGCCGACACUUGCAGAUAUUCUUGGUAAUGGCUACUGGCCAGCAAAUCCAAAGUCUUUAAAUGUGUUAUUUUCACAGGAUUUACUUCUGCUGUGGAACACAAUGCAAAAGAGAAUGCCAGGUUGUUCUGAGUCCAGUUUUAUUAGAUCAUUGGAAGACAUAAGUGUUUCAAAAGGAAGGUUUGGAUCAAUAAAUCCACGAACGUUCACAAAAGCCUUUCGAGAAUGGAAAUAUUUUAAUUAUGAGGUGGAAAAAGCCCAGGGAAAAGAGUGGAUGUUUUGUCCUAGUUGCUCAUCCAACCAACACUCCUGUCAUGUAGAUGGCAACAUGAAGUUAUACCGAUAUAAACAUUCAGGAAGAGAACAAAGUCAGUCUUACUAUGGAGAUCUUUUUAUUUCUUCGAAUGAACAUGUUUCAGAGCAUAUUAGAAAGGUUUAUUCCACUCCCCAAGUUCGGAACUUUUCUGAUGACGGGAAAUGUGGUGAAAGUAAUUGGCGAGCUGCUGGAAAUAAAGGAAAACGAAAGAGUCGUCUAGACGAAACAGGACUGGAAAUUGCAGGUUGCCGGCAUGCAAUUGCUCAGUGGGCUGUAAACAUGUUUCGCGGAGAGAUUUAUGGCUACUCUAAUUACAUCCAUGUUCACAAAAUGAUUCCAAACAAUGUUAAAUACAUUUGGCAAGAUAUCAUAUGUAAAUAUUGGAAGUGGGCAGUGAAGGCAUCAAAGUCGGAUGAGUCAAAUGCUCACGAAAUAAAACCUGCUUUAUCUGUGAUGCAUGCCAAAGCACAUAAUUGGACAUGCCAGGUAUUGUGGGGAGGACGGUGGCAAAAAAGGUUCUGCAUAUUCCACAGGAGAGGAAGUUGAGCAGAUUAAUAGUUACCUUUCGAGACUGGCCAACACUACAAAGUACAUGUUACCCGAGUCAAGAGAAGAACUCAUAACUGAACAUGCUCUUGCGUGGAAUAAACGGAAAAUAUGUGAUCUGUCCAGCUCCCUCUGCAAGAGAUAUGCAAAGUAUAUAGAAGCUCAAGAAAAUACAAGGAAAGAACUUGAUGAAAUGGUUUCUGGCGUAAAUCUCUCCGAACCACGUUGAUUUCUUGCAGUGGAAGAGUGAAGUUCAACGUAUUGCAAAAGAAAUGGAAAGCUCCUUCUUCACGUAUUUAGCCGAAGAAGAGGAAUUGUACGUUUUGACCUCCUCUUUAACCGAUACCUCUUUAUUGACAUCAAAUGUAAACAUCUCGUGUGUUGAGACUGAAGACUAUCUUUCUGCCCUGUCAAAAAAGAUAAUUCAAAGAUACUCCACCGUUGAGGAUAAACGUAAAGAGUUAAAUCACUGACUGCCAAGCUUUGUCGUGAUAUAACCGCCGAUGUACUGCUUGAUAGAGGAAAAA